AUGAAGGGAAGAAGGGAAGAAGGGAGGAAGGGAGGAAGGGAGGGAGGGAGGAAGGGAGGAAGGGAGGAAGGGAGGAAGGGAGGGAGGAAGGGAGGAAGGGAGGAAGGGAGGAAGGGAGGAAGGGAAGAAGGGAGGAAGGGAGGAAGGGAGGAAGGGAGGAAGGGAGGAAGGGAGGAAGGGAGGAAGGGAGGAAGGGAGGAAGGGAGGAAGGGAGGAAGGGAGAGGAAGGGAGGAAGGGCGGAAGGGAGGGGAAGGGAGGAAGCGAGGAAGGGAGGAAGGGAGGAGGGAGGAGGAAGGGAGGAAGGGAGAAGGGGGAAGGGAGGAAGGGAGGAAGGGAGGAAGGGAGGACGGCCGAUGGGGAAGAAGUCCAAAUCUUCCUUGGGAAAUGCCAGCACGGUGACCCCGCCGACAAGUGUGGCGUACAAUGUGGACAUUGUGGAUCAGUUCAAGUCCCAAUGCCGUCAUUUGAUGGAUCUCUGGCCAGAUGUCAUGAACGAUGAUCCCUUGAUGAUUCGUGAUGGUGGUCAAGAGGCCCCAUUCAAUGCAACGCACUUCAACACCGCUAUGGCAUUGGACAGGGUGGACAAAAAGGCCUACAAGUGUGGGCAGAACUGGUGGCGCCACAAUUUGAUUUGGUCGCCAAACCCUGGGACUCCUGUGCGAAAUUCAGCGGUGGAGAAAAUCAUCAAGUUCCACUUUAGCAAGCCUGCUGCCUAUCCCUUGACUUUGAAAGUAUGGGUGCCGCAAGACAUGGAGAGCUCGAAGGUCACCACACCCGAUACGACCGAUGACCCACUGGAGUGCUUCCCCAGGAUCCGCUUGUUGAGUCCGUGCGAAAUGGACUAUGCCUUUGUAGCUGCAGCAUACCGUGACCGGGAAGACCCAGACAAGAUGGAUGAGUGGAGGAAAUACUUCUUGUCAGUCAGCUUUGAGUACAUCACUCGUGAUUGCCCUGUGGAGGAGCUGCAUCUGGUGGCUAUGCAGGAGCGGCACCCCUUGCAGAACUUUUUCAAUGUCUUGACGUUCAAGCACUCAUUGGAAGAUGCCCGGGGGCCACUGAACGCGGACAAGCUUGCAGAGAUGUAUGAUCAGCAUGUGAAGUUCGCCAACCCAGAUGAUGCUGUCUCGCCGUCCUUCAUUGACACUGCAUGCACAAUGGGGAACCGGGUCUUGUGUGACAAAGUGCUCACAGACCUGCUCCUGUCAGCGGAUGAGUCAGAGAAGAAGGCGUUCAGCCAUUGGAGCAAGUACCAGAUCUUGAUCCAAAAGGGUCGCACUAGUGAAGGAAUCAGGUAUGAUGGCCAUAUGGCUGGGCACCUCACGGCUGACAAGUUGUCCACGCGAAACCUCCAAAGCAUCACAUGUCAGGUUCUUUUGGCACAAAAGAGUCUGUUGCAGUUGCUUCUGGAGAAGAUGGACACUGACUAUGGAGAGUGGUCAUCAAAUGUGAAGACUGCUGCCUGCUUUGGGGAUGGCCACUGGACAACCAUGGUGGGUUUGGUGAAAAAUCGACGAGCACUUGCUGAAUACUUGAAUUCCCCGACGGUUGCUGAAGAAUUGAAGGAUAUCGAGGAAAAGUAUGCUGCAGAGGUGAAGGAGAAAAAGAAAAGUAUGAAGCUGGCUGCUGGCGAGCAGCUUCAGGAGGAGGAGUCACAGCUUGUGGUCGCAGUUGAUGAUGAAGAUCAUCCUGAGCCGGUGCUGCAACACAUGUUGGUGGGUGAAGACACAAAUCUCCCGAUCAAAGCCAAAGAUCUGAAGGGUGAAAAGCUUGAAAAGGCAGGGUGGUUUCAAAAUUCUUGCUGA